AUGGAGUUCAAGCAAUCUUUUCUUGAAGACCUCAUUCUCACAUAUAACCAGGCCGAUGAAAUACGUGUUUACGAGGACCGUGUGAAACAUGUCAAACACUUCCGAGAGUUCUUUGAACAGCUGAACCGGAGGUUUCAGACUGCGCAGAACCCCUCUCCCCGAAAAGCAGUUAAUGCGGAAGUGAUACAGGUAGCGGAAGGAGCUGUAUUUCUGUCGCCAGUGAUUGAAACAGCCGAAGUACAACGUAUGAUCAAUUCUCACAACGAUGCUGUCCGCAACCGGUCAGCCAAUGGAACAAAGUCGCCGUAUGGCCCACUGUGCAUUAAGCGCACCAUCUUCUACACCGGGUACCUCAUAUCCAAUGUGGACUCCAGUCGUUUGAUCAGUCAAACACUGAACCCAAUGCUGCCCUCGGGGCUUGCUGAAUCUAAUGACCUUAAGUACAUGGCUAACAGUAUACUAAUCACGCCUCGCCCUGCGCCUCGGUCAAUUCUAGACAAGGUUGGCGGUCUUGGCAAGAAGCUCAAGUGGAAGGUUACCGGCACUGCAGUCUUUGAACAUAGAGUCUGGGCUGCUCGGUUAACCCCCGUCCCAGCAACAGAGAAGUAUUACACAGAAAACCCACAGCCCGUGGUAGUCUUAGCGGUGCGCAAAGGUGCCCGUCCUAUUGACGCUGGCAAAAUACAAAACUGGCAUCCUGUGUCUGCUGAUAAAGCUUUCACCUUCGAAACAGUCGUUGGCGAGAAAAUGGUUUUGCGUGUUGAAGAACAAAAUCCCCAUGAAGGAGAGUGGGAAAGUCAGUUUUUGAAUAAGAAUCACAAGAGACGUCACCAGCAAGAUCGUGACGAAGACACUUCAUACCAUGGCCAAGAAGGCUCGUCAUCAGGAAGGCCAGCAACCUAUAACCCACGGCAUGGUGGCCGCCAUCAUGACGACGGACCUCGCCGUGGCGGAUCAUAUCGUGGACGUGGACGUGGGUCCGGUCCCAGAGGCAGAGGCCACCCAAACCGAGGCGGGCAACGUGGGAGAGGCCGUGGGCGCGAUGCUGGACCUCCGCAAGGCUACAGAUCGUUAGACGAUCAUACUGGAUAUGAUGGACCGUAUGAAGAAAAGCCCGGGCCUGGCAAUGGUGGCCCUGUGAUGAACUAUUAG